UACAUUGAUUGUAUGUACGAAUGAAAAUAUUUGUACGUUAAAUUGACCUCAGGUGUCAUUAUUAUUCGAGACAGACACGAUAACAUUAAAUUAAUGAAUCCUUACACGUUCAGUGACCGUCUAGUCAUGGCAACGAGAGCACGUUAUAAGGUAAUAUUUUUAUUGUCAAUAAUAUUCUCGCUGGCAGAAUGCAAUUCGUACAUCGAGGAAAUGUCGGAAAAAUUAGACAAAAUGUUAUUGGAUACAAAAGCGCCGAGGUAUUCGCGAAAUAUCGACGAUUCGCAAAUCUGGCAGCAGUAUAAAUUUGGCACGGGAUCUGGAAAUAGAGACGAAUUAAUUGUAACGGACGUCGAAGUGCAAGUGGACGUAGAAUUGAAAAUAGCCAUAAACAAUUGGCAAUUAUUAGAGACAAUGAAUGGCAGAUAUUUAGCCGGGACAGACGGCUCUAUGUUAUAUCUGUACAAGUUGGAUCUGCAAAAUGGCCAUAUGUUUAGUAAGCUCUUGGUAAAAUUUCCAAGCAGGACAGAAUCGUCCUUGAAAAUAGUGACUUUCAAAUUACUCGAUAUGCCAAAAUCAGAUACCGAUACAAGCGACUUAAUUGUUAUUCUAUGCGUGGAAUUGAAUUACGUGACGAAAUUACAGUGGUACACGAUAUCCAAUAACAGUGUUGAAGAAUUUUGGUCCUGGCCAGUGCAAGAAAAUGUUGAACGUUUCGAGAUUGUCCGUCACAAGGAUCAAAAUAUCAUAGUUCUGUUGAACGAGGCAAAAUCUUAUCCUGAGAAAUACUCCUCUCACAUCUACAUUUAUGGAUUUAGAAUAGAUGAAAAUUUACCACUCUCUUGGUUAAUUCAAAAACUGCCCGUUUCAAAUGUUCUCAACUUGGAAGUUUGUCCGUUUUAUGAUAAUACUGUUGUUAUACUGCAAGCUCAGAAUGAAGUGUUUGUAUAUGAACUGAAAGAUGAAAUAACGGAAAUGGGAAGGUUUAUACAAAUACAAUCUGUCACGUCGAAUGGUUUAAAUAAUGUUAUUUGCUUCGAAAGUGGAUACAUGCAAUAUUUAGGUAUUUCCGGUCAGGAGCCGGAUAUACUUACUUUCUCUGAAAAUGAAUUUCUUGACGAUAUUCAAACUGAAAAGUUGCUUAAUGAAAUAGACGAGGUCACGCGGAUGAUUGAUAUACCCGUUGAUUCUUAUAAGGAUGAAUCAUUGCUACUGAUCCAAUCAAAAAAUUCGUCGGUAAUAGCUCUCUCUUGGUGUGGUCAAACCUUCAAAAAAAUAUCUUUACCAGAGAAUAUCGAUCAUUUUGAUUUAGCCAAAAUCAUUCCCAUUCCAAAAUUUGGAUUUCUUUACGAAAAUACAUUCGUAAAAAUUGACACCAAACUGCAAGACGUAUCAAAACCGGUUCGCGACGAAAUGGAAGAAUUGUUAAAACUGAAAAGUAAUUUGGAGGGGGUGUUAGAAAAGCAGGAAUUAAUUCUCGACAGGACAGCAGUCCUUAUGAACAAUAGUUAUUUCAAUAAUCCAGAAAUUACCGGUUUUUGGAAUUUCACUGAAGUCCAUACCGAAACUGCAAUCAUAUAUGAGAAUGCAACUUGUCAUUCUAUAACGAUGGGUCCGACGUUCCUUACAGUAGAAGAUAUGCAUGCGAAUAUAAAUUCAUCCAUAGAUGUAUUAAAGGAAAUUUAUUAUAAAACGGAGGAAAUUGCUUCCAAUCUGGCAAAUGCAAUUCCGGCUCACGUAACGGAACUUAAUUUAAAUGAGAAUAUUGAAAUCGAAGGAAAUAUUGAAAUCGGCGAAACGUUGAGCGUGAAUAAUUUGACAUUGGAUUAUCUUAAUCACGUGAAACAUACUGAAAUAUUACAAGAGUUCAUAUACGGUGAUAAUGACGUCAUAGAGGGUGAAAAAUGGUUCCCACAUAUUGAUUUUGAAAAACUAGAAAUAUAUUUCGUAAAUGAUGUUCCUAUGAAAAAUAUAGUUUUUGACACGACGACUAGUAACUACGAGAACGUUGAUUUUUCAAAAUUGGAUCAUCUAAUCGUGGAAGGUGAUCUCAGCUUCUCAACUAUAAAUUCUAGAAAUUGGAAAAAUUUGUUGAAUAAUAUCGUUUUUAAAAGCAAAUCGUAUGUUAUACCUGGAGAGACAAUCGUGAAUGGGGAAAUAGUUGCGGAUUACGUAAAUGUUGACAACGUAAAUGGUCUGCGAUAUCCUAACGAUUAUGUGUUACGUAAUAGCACAAGUAUGGUACUGGUAACGGGUCAAAAAACUUUUGAUACGCUGACAGCCACGAAACUUUCGGGUAUUAAAUAUCUGAAUGGAAUUCCUAUUGAAGAUUACGUCAUUAUUGACAGAAAUCAAUCGUUGACUGAAGAAAUUACUUUCGAUAAUUUAAAAGUUACUGGGAACCUAUUGAUCGAUAUCAAUAUAACGGAUCAACGUGUAGAACCGAUUGAAUUGGGACCAAAUUUAGAACAGUCGAAUGUAAUUACAUCUGACGUGACAUUCACAAAUUUACAAGUUAUUGGAAACGUUAUAGUAGAAAAAUCAGUAAAUGAGAGGAAAUGGUCGGAUUUUGAUGACAUAGUGUUUCAUGAUGACAUUAAUGCUAAGAUUUCGGGUAAAAAGACCUUUUUGGGACGAAUAAAUAUUGAUAAUGAAGAUAUUUCCGAUAUUCAGAAAAUCAAUGGCCAUUCAAUUAAUGAAUUCGUUAAUAUCGUCGACGAGCAGGAGUUUCCUUAUUUAACAAAAAUUUCUUCGGAUGUUUCUUUCGGUGAAUUGAAACAAGGAGUCACGACAGAACUGCAAAACUUUUUAAACGAGAAUGUCGAUGAAUUUGGGAAUGCAAAAUGUUUUUCAAAAAUUAAUUUUGAACAGACUCCAGUCAUAGAUAACUUGAACUUCGACACCGUAAACGGAUUUAUUUCUCAUUCAGAAUUCUCAAACAGAUUAAAUCGCACGUUUGCUCAGAUGAACUUUAAUAAAGUGUCAAUGAAAAAUUUAAUUGUUCCGGAUAUUGUCGCUAAUACUAUUAAUGGUGUUGAUUUCUCAGAUUUUGAAAAACGUAGAUUGUCAAAGUCAGUAGCACAAAAUUUGACAGGUAACUUUACGUUUGAGAAUUUGGAAACGAAUUAUCUGAAUGCACAAUUUUUCAAUGGCAUUUACGUACAAGAACUAGAGCGUCUUAGAUUCAAUGAGGACACGUUGAUCAAUAAUAUCUUGAACGGAAGUACGGCCAUAGAUUUCCUGAUGGUGACGGGAAACGUCCAGACCCCAAAAAUCAACGGAAAAAAUGUGAAUGAGAUAUUUACCCCGGCAAAAAUGGGUAUGGUGAUUUUUGAAACUGACGUUUCCAUCGAGAACUUAAUAGUUCUGGGUCAUGUCAAUGAUUUCGAUUUCAACGAACGUGUUGCCGACUUAAUUCUUAAGACCGACAGAAAUAUUGUUGUUUCCGGAAUGAAAACGUUUGAUAGGAUUAUGUGUCAAGAAUUCGACGUGAACUUUAUAAAUCGAUAUUCGAUCAAUUCUAUACUUGAUCCUGAAAAAGAUCAGCAACUGACAGGACCUAUAACGGUGAAUGGAGUUGUUACAGUUGAGAGCAAUUUUGAAUGCAAUGGAAAAAUAGAUGGCAUACCGUUUAAGGAUUUGAUAAAUAGAUUUUCAUAUUCAGAAAAUAAUACACUUAUCCUUAGGGGUAAUUUCCAAUUUGCUAAUGACGUAAGGAUAACAAAUUUGAUCGUCAAUGGGCCAAUUCAAGAUAUGCCUUUUGAUAGCUUUUUCGACACUGUCAUUUUUCCAAAGGACGACAUGAGUAUCUCUGGAACGAAGAUUUUCCAGGGUUCUGUAACGUUUGAGAAUAAUUUUACGAUUUUGGAUAAAUACAACAGUGUCAAUUUGAAAGAAUUUUACGAGCAUGUUGUGUUUAUCGACGAGCCCAUAUUUAUUACGUCAGACGUUAAUUUUCACGAUGACGUCUUCGUCAUGCAGAAUAUAAGUGCAAAUCGAGGAAUGGAAACAAGAUUCAUCAUGGAAAUUGAUAUUGAUGAAUUAAAAGCAAAUGCUGUACAUUUGAAUAGAAAUUCAUAUAUAAUCGGUCCAAUCGCGUUUACUGACGUCAUAUUUGAUACUGGUAUAAACGUGGAGACUCUUAAUGGGAUCAAUAUUCAUUCAUUGAUUACGCUUAAUUCGCAGCAAGUUAUUGCUGAUCGUAUUUCUUGUCCAAGUUUCAGUGUUAAUAAUUUAGAAAUCACUGGCUUUGUCAAUGGCUACGAUUUGAACAAGAUCUAUGAAGACACAUUCAUGUUAAGAGGAGAUCAAAACGUUACGGGACAUAUAACGUUUUAUGGUCCAGUGUACACACUUCAAAAUUUUGAUGCGGUCUAUAUAAAUGAGAUAAGCACAUCACAGUACGUUUACGUGAAUGAAAAUGAUACUGUAUUCGGAAACUUGACUUUUAAACAACCAAUUACUUUAAGUGGUAGCCUGCGCAUUUUGGGCUUGCUGAAUGAUGUGAUAAAUCCCAUUGGAUGGGAAGGUAUUGCGGUCACCACUAGUUUUCCUAUAAACCAAGAAGUUAAUGGUCGUUGGGUGGUACAUGGUAACGUUCAUUUUGAGAAGGAUGUAACAGGCAAUAAAAUAGUAAAUGGAAAUAACGUGGAGAAAUUGGCAGAUAAAGUGGAAAAGGCACAGUUAACAUUGGACGCUAUUAUUGCUGAGACAAAGACGGAUAUGAAGAGCAUUUGUCAUGAUUUAGAGUUAUUACGAAAUCGCGCCACAACCCAAAUAUAUCAAUUCAAAUAUUUCGAAUACCUUCGUAUAUUGAAUUUCGAUACUUCUGUAUGGAGCAUUCAUCAGUUUGAAUAUAACGAUCUUGAUUAUCUAAUUAUUAAUUUCGGUACUUGUGACGUGAAGACAUUUAUCUAUUACAAUGGAACAUUCGAUUCCGUUGAAGAAGCGAAUGUUUUGGAUUUUGGAUUAAUCGACCGAUGGAUUAGUUUAUCAUAUAAAAAAAUUCCAUACUUCCUGACACUGGGGAAAUCCGGUUGUCGUAGAGACGGGGGAAAUUUAUGGAAAUUCGAAAAUAAUCAAUUCACCCAUGUUUACUAUUUUGGAAAUGUGACUGACGUAACAAAACUUGGUAUGGACUACUUUUUGGUUUUGGCUGAUAAACAUUUGCAGAAAUGGUCUAUCGAUCAAAUAUAUCAGGAAUCUUUUGUAAUUCCAAAAUCGUAUCCAAUAAACGAUGAAAACUCAAAAUUUAUUCCAAAUUUUGAAAAAGUACUUCUUAUGGACGAACGUUCAAUUUAUGAGUAUAAUGUCGAAUUUAUGAAUUAUACGUAUGUUCAAAAUGAAUUUGGGAACGAUGAAACUUUUGGGUUCAAAUUAGGAGUUUUUGAGAGGACAAUGUUUCUUUCAUACGAUGAAAACAUCAGCCCUGAAUAUAUUUUUAUAUACGAUAAUGAUGCAACAGGAAGAAAAAUUGAGCAAACGAUACGGGCUCACAAUCCAAAGUCCUUUUCAAUUUUGAAUUUUGAUGAUUUUAUAGAAAAUUUUCUGGUUUUCAUUGAAAAUGGCAAUAAACUACAAAUAUAUGAAUACCUUGGCAUACAGGGCUUCGUUUAUAGAGAAAGCAUAAAAAUGGAAGCACAAAAAUUGUUCACGUUUAAACUACGAAUCCAUAAAAAUCUUUCGAAAAGGCAUUGCCUUGGUGUAAUACACAAUAACAGGUUAACAAUAUUGGAAUCAACGAUGUACGGCGAAAAAUUAGAUAUGAAUGAACUAGAUUGUAACAAUUAAUAUACUGGUAUAGGGCAAACGUUUGGUCUUGUAAACGUGUAAUUACUAUGAUUUAUGUGUAUUCUAAUAUUUAUUAUUACAUAUAUGUUCUGAGUUAGAUUGUCAUAUAUAUUUAUAUGUAUAUUAUAUAUUUUUUCCUAAGAGAAACAUCAUUUAAUCAAUUAAAGAAAAGUCAGUUUGUUAAGAUGUUAGUUUUUCACCUUUAUUACUUUAUUUAUUAUCGACAUUGUAUAUAUUGAGAAACAUAAACCGUAUAUGUAUA